AAGUGCUGUUCAUAACACACAAUACAAUUCCUUUAAUUCAUACAAAAGUUAAAUGAUAUUUCUUGGCCAGGGGCGAACUGAGAAACUCUUGGGGCACCUGGGCAAUAGGGGAUCAUGGGGCCCCUGUGUCCUUGCCCAAAACAAAAAGCCUAUGAAAAAGGUACCAGGGUCAUCUCAUGGGGCCCCCUACUGACCCCGGGCCCUCGGGCAGUGCCCGAGUUUCCAAAUGGUCAGUCCGCCCCUGUUCUUAGCUGAAC